AUGCUUGAAUUCCCAACUACACCAUUUGACAAGCGGUUAUUGGCACCAACGAUUAUAAUCAAGAAUGAAAUUGAGAGACACUUAGGGCACGUUGGCAAGAUUACAGAUCGGGCGAAGCCGGGCAAUGAUAACGGGGGCUUACUGAGCAGCGACCAGAAGCAGAGAGUUGCGAGUAACUGA